AUGUUCCAACCGCUAACAAACCCCUCGACCGAAUGUAAUAAGACCGAAAUAAAUGAAAAUCGGAAACAGCAGAACCCAUUAGAGGUUUUGAAAGCUUUUAAUCUCGACAAACAUUUUGAGUUGAAUGUUCUCAUUUUGCUGGAAGCUCAUUCAGUUCCUAUCAUUAGCUUAACAAGAAUUUCAUUAUGUUUCAUAUGCAAACCUCAUAAAUCUCCUCAACCGUUACAAUAUCAAGCGACUCAACCUUUUAAAUGGUCUUUUCUUCUUCUUGGAAAUUCAAGUUUAUCUCAUUAUUCGAUAUUCCAAUUGAGUAUUGAUUUACGAUUAAUUAAAUUAAUAAUUUAUGACAACAUAUUCGUAACAUUAUUUCGCAUGCUUCAAAAUUUGGUCUAG